GAUAACGUUAGAGAAAACUGCAAAAUUAUUGGAAAAAAAAUCGUAAAUUCUUCCCAGUUUGUUGAUUUUUCAAAAAUUUUGCAUUUUAUUUUCGUACGUAAGAACUUCAGUUAUGAUAUUUUUCUAUUAUUACUAAAUACCUAACUGUUUUUUCCCUGCAAUGGCCACCACCAACGGUGGCAUCGGAUAUGCCGAAGCUGAGGCUCUGAAAAGACGAGAACGAAUUCUCAAAUUGAGGAAAAAAGUUGAAGGAAAAUCAGAGGACGAAGAAAACAAAGAACCAGAUCCUGAACCUUCCAGUCUGCCAUCAAAUAAUGACGAUGAAACGCAAGAUCAAGAUACAGAUAGCACCGUUGAACCGCAAAAAAUUGAAAAUGAAAGGAUUAAGGAUUCAAUUUUGAAUGAAGAAUUGGAUUUGAACCAAUUAGCUCCUAGAAAAAUCGACUGGGAUUUGAAACGUGGUAUCGAGAGAAAAUUGGAAAUGCUACAGGAAGCGACUAAUAAUGCGAUCGCAGAAUUAAUUAGGGACGAGAUGGUUGAUGAUAUUCAAGUAUAAUUCAAGGAUUAGAAUCCAACUCCUGUCGUGAUUUAUGUGUGUAUGAUUUGUGCUUUUACAAUUGUAUAGUUUUGUAUUUAUUUUUAUCAUUUUUUUUUCAGAACAUCCAUCAUAGUAAAUAAUAUCGAAUAAAUUAUGUUACAUGUUCAA